AUGUCUCAGACCAGCGCACCGCUCAUCGCGCUCGUCGCUCUCCGUCCUGAAAUCUCCUCGAGGCCUGUCGAAUCUCCAGUCAUGGCAUGGGGCGUUUCGACACUGCUGGUCCCCGGCCCUGACACUAGGGCUGAAUGGAGUCUGGAGCCGACUGGUAGCCUCGCCGCAAAGCUGUCCUUGUGUGGGAUUGGAUAUGCGCUUCCCAAAGCUCCUCGUAUCGUACCCAGCCUAGGUGGCUUUUAUGCCAAACUGUUGCCAAUCGGGUUUGGCCCCCGAGGCCGUGGCGUAGCGCUGCUUGGAAGCGUCUCCACGGAGGAGGUUCAUCCCUUUUGCUUUCCUCCCUUGCGGCAGAAGAAGAAGAGAAGAAAAAAUAAUAAAAAAAUGAUAAAAAAUAAACUAAACAAAGAGGCUAAAGAUUGGUUCAGGGAUGGAUGCUGA